UGGAUAUAGUAUUUAUUCAUCACACCAAAUAUAUCAACGUAGUCAUUCCUGCUCACUUUAAUCCCUUGCUGUAGCUCAAUGUCGUCGGGUACACGACUUCAUUCGGCACGUCGUUCAUGAACGACAUGGCUACCGAGGACGAUGCUCCCAUCGCUCGCCUUCGCCAAGCUGGCGCCAUAUUCGUGGGGAAAACCAACAUGCACGAGAUCGGCAUGGGGACGUUUGGCAUCAACAUCUUCACUGGCACCCCUCGCAACCCAUACAACGACCAGCACAUGACCGGCGGGUCCUCCAGCGGGUCUGCCGCGGCCGUGGCAGCUGGCCUCGUGCCCCUCGCCAUCGGCUGCGACGGAGGGGGGUCGAUUCGAAUUCCCGCCGGAUUGUGCGGCAUCGUGGGGAUCAAGGCCACGUACAUGCGCGUUCCGUUCCACUUUCAAGGCGGUCCCAGUGUCGCGAACGUCGGGCCGUUGGCAGCCACGGUGCAGGAUCUGGCGUUGGCGUACGCGGUGCUCGGUGGGGCCGACCCCGACCAGCCGUUGAGUGUGUGCCAGCCCCCGCCGUUCGUGCUGCCCCCCUCGACGCCUCCGUCCUUGGCAGGGCUCCGGGUCGGCGUCUUUUCUGCCUACGUCGAAGGGUCGGAUCCGCAGAUUAAAUCGGCGUUCUGGGACACCGUCGCGUACUUGAGAGAACUGGGGGCCACGGUGGUCGAAGUGGAAAUUCCCCACCUCCAAGCGCUGCACUUGAGUCACUCGAUCACGAUUUUGACCGAGAUUUCACAACAUUUUGAUUCCCAACCGGUAGCAUCGUUCAGCCCCGACGUUCAAAUCGCAUUGGCUUUGGGAAAACAAACGUUGGACUCAGCCGACUUCUUGGCGGCCCAAAAAAUUCGUGCGUACGCCUUGGGAGUGACUAACCAGUUGUUUCAUCAAGUGGAUGUGUUCCUAACGCCAACCACUGCAACUUUGGCUCCUCGACUGGAAAACGACGUGUUCAAGGCGGGGCUGUCGGAAUUGUCGCUUACGACGGCCUUGAUGCGGUACAUUAUCCUUGGAAAUAUGGUGGGCAUUCCAGGAUUGUCGGUCCCAAUCGGCUUUGCUGACGAGUCGAAUUUGCCGAUAUCAUUGCAGUUGCAAGCCAAACACUGGAACGAGCACGUGUUGAUUGACCUGGCGCGCACAUUGGAAGCCCGUGCUCCGACCAAAAAGCCAACCUUGUACUUUUCAAUCCUCGAACCGUCUUCGGCAUAGGUAUCUCGCACGAGGAUUGCUGCGUAAUGCUCGUAAUUCAUUCUUUGAAUACAUUUCUGUCGAUCAAC